AUGGAGAGCUCAGAUGUGGAGCUGGACCUCCAGAGGAGCAUGCAGGCUGUGCUCCGGGAGCUCAGCGCCCAGGCCCCGGCCCUGCAGAGCAACCAAGGCAUGUGGAGAUGGUCCCUGCACAAGAAGGUCGAGCGAGAUCCUGGUAAGAGUCCGGCGCUGGUCCGCAUUCUGCUCCGAGAACUGGAGAAGGCUGAAAGCGAGGACCUCCGGCACGUCAUCAUACCCUUGCUGCAUACUCUAAUGUACGUGCUCACUAAGGCCACAGGCAUCACGGAGGAGCUCCACCGCAGGACCUACGCCUUCUGCACGAGGUUGCUGACCCUGCCCACCCCCUACUGCACAGUCGCCCUGGACUGCGCCAUCAGGCUGAAAACAGAGACGGCGGUCCCAGGGACGCUCUACCAAAGGAUGGUCAUUGCCGAGCAGAACUUGAGGAAUGAACUGUAUCCCUACCAGGAGAGAGUGUUCCUCUUCGUGGAUCCCGAGCUGGUGUCUGCCUCCGUGUGCAGCGCCCUGCUCCUGGAGAUAGAGGCGGCCCAGGAGCAGCAGACACCAGAGGCCUGCAUGCGCCACGUGGUCUCCCACGCCCUGCAGGCAGCUCUGGGGGAGGCCUGCCACGCCGGCGCUCUGCACAGGAAGCUGCAGACCAGCUCCCACCGCACCCUGGAGCACUAUUUCCACGCCGUGGUGGCAGCCGUGGAGCAGACGGCCAGCGAGGCCAGCCCGAGCCGGGCGGAGCAUCUGGAGAGGUUGGAGGAGAUUUACUGCUCGCUGCUGGGGCCGGCGGCCGCGAGGGGGCGCUGCGGCGGUGACCCUGUCCAGGACCGGCCACCCGGCGUCCCCCUGCCCAGCCCCGGCAUCACGUUCCACCUGUGGGCCGGCGAGGAGCAGCUCUGGAAGGAAUUGGUGCUCUUCCUCCGCCCGCGGUCCCCGCUGCGCCUCAGUGCUGACUUGGAGGCCUUGGAUCUGCAGGGCCUCCGUCCAGACCAGGAGCUGGCCCGGGUGUCCGUGCUGUCCACCGACAGCGGCAUCGAGCGGGACCUACCCUUGGGGGCUAAUGAGCCAUCUGCCCCUGGCAGUCCUGAGAUGGAGCGCGCCGGGCUGCAGCGCAAAGGGGGCAUCAAGAAGCGUGCGUGGCCCCCGGACUUCCUGAUGCCUGGCAGCUGGGACGGGCCCCCAGGGCUGCACCGGAGGACAGGCAGGCCCAGUGGGGAUGGGGAACUGCUGCCUGGUGUCUCCCGGCUGCACACGGCCCGGGUGCUGGUGCUGGGGGACGACAGGAUGCUGGGGCGCCUGGCCCAGUCCUACCACAGACUCCGGAAACGGGAGAGCCAGAAGUUUUGCCUCACGCCCAGACUCAGCCUGCAGCUCUACUACAUCCCCGUGCUGGCGCCCGAGGAGCCUGCAGCAUCCAGGCAGCCCGAGCUGGGGGAGCUGGCCGCGUUCCUGGGCCGUGCGGACCCAUGGUACGAGAGCACGGUCAACACCCUGUGCCCCGCCAUCCACAAGCUGGCUGAGAUGUCUCCCUCCCUGGACACGUCCCGGACUGUGGACCCCUUCCUCCUGGAUGUCAUCACCUACUAUGUUCGCAUGGGCACCCAACCCAUCUAUUUCCAGAUCUACAUGGUCAAGAUCUUCUUCGGCGACCUGAGCCAAGACCCUACAGAAGACAUUUUCCUCACUGAGCUGAAGGUGAAGAUCCAAGACUCCAAAUUUCCCAAAGAUGGUUUUUCGCCCAGGAGGAGAGGCAUGGCUGAGGGUCCAGGGGCGGAGCUGUCCAUGUGCUACCAGAAGGGCCUGCUCAGCCACCGGCCCCGAGAGGUCACCAUUUCCCUGCGGGCCACUGGUCUGGUCCUGAAGGCCAUUCCAGCCAGUGACACAGAAGCCCCCGAAUUUCAUUCCAUUUCAGGGCCCUCCCAGCAACCCCCAACUGCUGCCCCUGUGACAGACCAUAUAUGUCUGAAUGUCAGCGUGACAGAGGUUGUCAAGUCCUCCAACCUGGCAGGAAGGUCCUUCUCUACAGUGACAAACACCUUCCGGACGGCCAACAUCCAGAUCCAGAGCCAGGACCAGAGGCUGCUGACACUGUUGCUGGACAAGGACAAUCAGCGCACUUUCCGGGAUGUGGCCAGAUUGGAGGUUGCUCCCUGCCCAGAGCCAUGUUCCGGAGUCCAGAAGCCCAAGGCACCAUGGAGCGGUUCACAUGGGCAGAAGGAGAUGGAAACGGUCAAAGCCAAGCCCAAACCCCUUCUGAUGCCCAUCAACACGUUCUCUGGUGUCGUCCAGUGA